AUGUUCAAAAAGCUGAGGGGCAGCAAGGCAGACCAGAUUCCUGUGGACGAGCCGGAAGAACUCUCGAUAGACCCGGGCACUGCUGCAAAUCAUGCUUCCAGCGCUGCCGACCUUCGACGGGCCUCGGAGCCUGCGUUCGCCUUCAAGACAUCGCUGCAGCGCAAUGAGAGCCCUGACAGGAUCCCUCCUCCGUUUCCGCGACACUUGUCGACCUCUGGAGCUUCAUUUCUCACCGUUGGCUCCCAGCCAUCUCGCAGAAACAGCGGGAAGCGAUCGGUUGACCCGCUGGGCCUAACACUGGUGCAUGAAUGUGACAAUCCUGUUGCAGACCUCAUCUUUGUCCACGGCUUAGGCGGCUCCUCACUGCGAACCUGGUCUUACGAUCGCGAUGUCGACAAUUUCUGGCCGCUCUGGCUGGGCAGCGAAGCCGGGCUGGCCGAGACGAGAGUGUUUACGUUUGGAUACAAUGCCCAUUUUGCGCACCAGGACACGACGUUGAGCAUCCUGGAUUUCGCAAAGGACCUCCUGUUCAGGGCUAAGAUGUACCAAGAUAGAGCAAAUGAGAAUAGCAGGCUGAUUGGCGAGAAUCCGCUCAUUUUCGUGGCCCAUUCGAUGGGUGGCCUCGUUGUCAAAAAGGUUUUUGAUGCAUUUCAUUUCUUUCAACUAUACAAGUCAACACACCUCGCAUAUAUCUAUAUAUUCUAUAUAUAUCAUCAAUCUAACUUGUCAACAAGGCUGUUUUUGGGAACCCCCCAUGGAGGGUCGAGUUUUGCAUCGACACUGAAGAAUAUCAUUCGAGCAACUCCGACUAUUGGAUCAAAAGUCUAUGUGAACGAACUCGAGAAGGGGUCGGCGGCCCUGGGCGAUAUCAAUGAACAAUUCCGGACUAUCUGUGGCGACCUGGAUUUGGUUUCGUUCUAUGAAACUCUCAAGACUACCGUUUCUCCUGGAGUGAAAAUAAUGAUAAUUGAAAAGGAAUCAGCAAUUCUGGGAUACCCUACAGAAACCUCGGCACCGCUCUAUGCUGAUCAUCAUGGCAUUAUAAAAUUCCCAGACCCUGACGAUGGGAACUAUCGUGAUGUCCGAAACGUUCUGCGGAUGUUUGUGUACAGGAUUAAGCAGCUGCAGAAAAAAAGUACAAAGCAAAAGCCAACAGAGAUACUAAGCCCUAGCCCAAUUACACUUGAAAAUGUUCUUGGUAUUAAAGGGGUUGGCAGCGAUUUGGAGGUUAUUCGACAGCGAGUCCAGCCGGGCUCUUGCCGUUGGAUCCUUGAAAAAGAAAAAUUCAAGCGCUGGACUGAGGAUAACAGCCCCGGUCUAUCCAUUCUGUGGUUAACAGGUUUACCAGCAACAGGGAAAACAACUUUGUCCAGUUUCAUCAUUGACUAUCUCAGCCAAGGUCUGUUUCCUGCGUCCUGCCAAUAUCACUUUUUUCAGGCAGAGCAACAUGAUACUCGCACCAUCUCUUACUUUCUCCGGUCAAUCGCAUUUCAAAUUGCAGAAGUAUACGAUGACUUUCGCUCUAGACUUCUAGAAAUGAAUCGAAGCGGCGGGAUUUUAUUCUCUUCCCAGAAACAUAACGUCAUUUGGGAGAAAAUAUUUGAGGGCCUCCUUUUUCGACUCAGUCUCGGGGAGCAGCUAUUUUGGGUAUUGGAUGGCAUAGAUGAGGCUGAAUCCCCAUCAACACUUGUGACACUUAUUUCCAAGAUCAAUUCCGCGACACCCAUUAAAGUUAUCCUGGUGAGUAGAGAAACAAGGGACUUGUCGGCUGCUUUAUCCUUUGAUCGUUGCCAUAUAUAUCAUGAAGAGAUUCAAACUAGUGAUACCAUGGAUGACAUUCGAUCAUAUGUGUCCACCACACUGCAUAGAAUCCUCCCAGAUGACGGGGAACAGGACUCCAUCAUCCAGAAGGUUUUAUCCAAAGCGUCAGGUUCCUUUCUCUGGGCAAAACUGGCGCUAGAAAGAAUCAAGGAUAACUGGCACACUGAUGCUGAUAUUGAAAGAGCACUUGCGGAAAUGCCUGAAGGGAUGGAACAUAUGUAUGAGCGAAUGAUUCGGAUUGUUGCAGAUCAGCCUACCCAUCUCAGAAAAAUGGCAACAGAAAUAUUGACAUGGGGUGUAUGCUCCUUUCGACCCCUAGAUAUCGAGGAACUAGCCGUGGCUCUCAAGUCUAAAUUCGGUAGUUUCUAUAACUUGAAGAUUACCAUCAGCCAAAUUUGUGGAAACUUCAUCAUCACAAAGAAGUCAUCUGUGACCUUAAUCCAUCAAACAGCCCAACAGUUUUUAACCUCUAAGGAUGCAAAUCUACCUAUUUCCAUCGACAACAGGAAGGGUCAUGAGAGAAUCGCAAGGGUCUGCAUGGACUUUCUCUCCGAUACCAAAUGGCGAACGAGGUUUGCUUCGCUCCAACAAACUAGGGAAUCAAUUCAACAGGACCCUUACACGGAGUUUCCUUUUCUGUUAUACUCCGUGAAGUAUUGGGCCUAUCACAUAAGUUGUGCUUCUGCGGAGUCUGAGGAACUACACGCUGCCGUUUUUGACUUCCUGGAGCGAUUUUGUCUAAUCUGGAUCAAUGCCGUCUCUUUAACCGGUGACCUUCAGAUUAUCACUCGCUCUGCUCAACAGCUCAAGUCAUAUGCAAAGAGAGCAAUAAACCGCCGUGUUGAGUCUCCCCCUACCAGCUUCAAAUCCUGUCGGGACCAGGAGUUAAUCCAGUGGGCUAAUGACCUUAUUCGCUUGGUUGGACGAUUUGGGUCUUAUCUUGUCGAAAGCCCAUCAGCUAUCUACAAAUACAUCAUCCCAUUCUGCCCGAGUGAGACAAUGCUAAGCCAGACGUUCCAACACUUGAUGCGCGGAUCUAUGAACGUAAAGGGCAUCUCAUCUGGUAACUGGGAUGACUGCCUAGCAAGAUUGACCAUGGGUGGAGAUGAAACCGCAUCUACUGUCGUUUGCAAGGACAAUUACUUCAUAACGCUGCUUGAGGGUAGUGGAACUCUAGUGAUAUGGAUCGCUGAGACCUGUAUAGAAUAUAAUAGAUUACACCAUAACGAAUGGGUGAGCUGUAUCAAGGCAGCUAAAAUUCGAAACAUAAUAGCAUCUGCGGGAAUUGAAACCAUCCGGGUAUGGGAUCUUGGACUAGGGAAUGAGAUACUUAAAAUCCCGAAGUCUCAUGAAGGCCGUGUGAUGUCUUUGGCAUUCAGCUCAAAUGACAACGAACUGUUGGUUGCAUAUGACGACUGCACAAUCCAAUGCAUUGACUUAGAGACUUCACAGGAACUAUGGUGUUUCGAAGCCUAUGAUACAUCAAGGCUAGAACAUAGUUGCCCCCGAUUUAUGGCGUUUAGUAAUGAUGCUAAAAGAAUUGCCAUUGCGUAUCGGGGCCGGCCCGUAUUCAUCUGGCACAUCAGUCGUCGGAAGCAACGCCCGCUUCGGUGUAUUCGGCAAGACGAUAUCUAUAAAAAUGAUGAGGAUGUAUGGAAUUCGCCUGAAGCGGUUAUUUGGCAGCCCGACUCCGCCAAUGUUCUGAUAUUAUACCAGGAUACCAAACUUGUGGACUGGAAUAUCGACGAUGAUACCCAGACGGAGCAUUCCCACAUAGGGGCGCGGGAAAUGGCAGUUAGCUCAGAUGGGAAUUUACUACUCACUAGCGACUUCAGUGGAAGUUUAAGUGUCUGGUCUACAGGCCAGUUCAGACUCAUCUAUCAAAUGAAAUAUGAUGAGUUCGUUCAGGAUAUUGCCUUUGCGCCGGAUGCUCAACGUUUCUAUGACAUUCGCGGUACUCUAUGCAACGUCUGGGAGCCUGCUGCUUUGGUACGGCCUGAUGAUCUGAAUCGAGAGGAUAUGAGCUCCCAUGAUACCCUGUAUUCAGAUCCCGUUGUUUCUUCAGACGACAAUAGCCGAGUACAGAUCUCGGCCUUGAUUUCUAGUGAGAAGACUCUCUAUCAUUGCUCUGGAAAGGAAGACGGGAGCGUCGUGAUUUAUGAAACUCAGACCUCUAAACGACUUCGCAAACUAUACGGGCACUCAGACAUAUCGUCGGUUGUUAGCAUGGCAUGGUCACCCUCCCAGAAAUACAUUGCUUCUGCCGACGAUUCAGGCCGGGUCAUUGCAAAGCGGCUAGGAAAGCUGACAGCCCAAGCACCGCAGAAAUGGGCGGUAUACCCAUUGCUUGAUCUAUAUCUAGAGGUGGCUGUAACGCAACUGCUCUUCAGCGCGUCUGAGGAGUUUUUACUCAUUUCGAGCUCUGCGAUGGAUGCACUCUGGAGCACUAAAUCGAAGUCGAAAAUUUUAGAACUCGAGCACAAGGGUCGCAGCCAGGGAAGACGGUGGAUCUGUCAUCCAAAGGACGCAAAACUUUUGAUCUGCAUCCAAGGGAAUAGACAAGAGAUUUACACUUGGAGUACACUGACCAGGGCCACGCCUCCUAGCUCUCCCAAAGAGCGCGUCUCUCUCAAGGGCAAAGCCACUGAAGGUCUUGCCCAGGUUAUGGACAAUAUCAGUAUCAGAGACACUUUAGAAGACGCAAGAGAUAUGUUUCCUUCAAUGGAUACUCCCUUCGAGGCUCCAGACCAUGUUUUUCAGAUUAAAGAUCGCUACAUUGUCGUCGGAGGUACAGUCUAUCGUGGAUCUGGUGGCGGCUCCAGGCUUUAUCCAACUUCGUCCAGGCGAGUCGAGAUAAUUGAUACAAACGAUGCGCAAUUGCAAAGAAAGCAUCUGGUCCGGCUUUCAGCCCAUGUCAGUAGACUGGUGGGCAUAUUUCAGGGCCGACUUGUCUUCCUUAACCACCAAUAUUGGUUAUGUACAUGGGAAUUGGGUAGUGAUGAGGAUUCCUAUCGGAAACAUUUUUUCCUACCCAAGGACUGGCUGCUCCCUGGGGCGUUGCAAUUAGUCGUCAUUGAUAGCUUUGGGAAUUUACUGUGCCCGAAGAAUGGUGAGGUAGCUAUUAUCAAUUCAGGUAUUAGGUUGUGA